CCUGGGGUGGGGGUGGGGGUGGAUGUGGAUGGAAUCUGUGUUGUGCUUCGGUCGCCACGGUAGCGCCGGGGCAACCACAAAGCGAGAGGGAGGUAGGGCUGCGGGACGGGGGCAUCACUCCGAGAAUGAGGCCGGCAGUGUUAGCGGUCCUCCUGCCGCGGCGACAGGGCGGGGCGGCGGCGGAGGAGGAGCAGGAUGUGGGGGUGCUUCGACCGUAGCCGCGGAGGAGCACGGGCAGUGCUGUUAUGAACUUCAAAUUUAUGUGUACACCCAACUCCAGAUCGGCAGCUCUUCACAUAUUUACAACAUGAAUAACAUUAAACCAGUUCCAAUGUUCUCCAUUCACCCCCCUGUCCAUCAUGCCGACUUAAAAGUCAGAUCCAGUGAACCACCUUUAAACAAAGAUUUACAUCAGAUUUUCCAAGACUCUCUUGAAUCUGACUCAGAAAUCUCCAUCCAAGAACUAAAAUUCCAGUCUAAUCUUCAGAAACAGAAUGAAGACCAUGAAUCCUUAAUGAAGGAAGUUUUUGAGGAAAUGGAGCCUGACAGCUUAGAAGAAGAAAGUCCACAAUUUCAAAAUCUGAGCAAGUCAGAAGAGGCCAGUAAUGAAAUAAUUAAGUUGUCCAGGUCGAAGCAACCCCAAUCUGAGGUCCCUGGUGAGAACAAAAGUCAGCAACUGUUAGUGGACAAAUACUCAGACCUUCGCUAUGACCCAAACUGGAAGAAUAACAAAGAAGAAGGAGAAAUUUCAACUCUGAAAAGGUUGCAGCUAACUGAAGAAAGCUCCACACAAAGCUUUGCUUGGGAUCUCCUCUGUUCUUCUAAGGAAACUUCGUUUGAGCUGUCAAGGGAAAAAAGUGACCUGGAGAAAAGCCCACAAAGUUCAGUUACAUUAAUGGGCAGUGAAUUUUUGAACUCUAAUUAUGAACGUGGUGACCUCAACAGUGAGUCAAUUUCAUUUCUGAGUAGUAGUGACAUAGGAGACAAGUCAGGUCUAUCAGAGCACAUCAAGAGUUCAAGUUCCCAUAAUGAUGUCUUCUUGCCAGGACCACAGCCUCGACCAAGGAAGUCUAAACAAGAUAUUGUGGAAAAAAAUAAAGUGACAUUAGGAUUAUCAACACAUAAGACAGGCUCAUACCUUCAUCAGCACAAUAAGAAAAUGGGUGGCAUUUGUCCAAAGAAGAUAUCCAGCACUGUGGUGACUGGCACGAAGCCUGAGAGCCCUGAAGAGGCUGACAAUCCCAUUGUGAAUCCUGAAGACAAAUGGCAUCAGAGAGCCCGGCUACUACAGGAUUACCAAGAACAGUGGUCUCAAUCUGAAAGAACAAAAUUCACCCAAGUGCCUAGACAGCUAACUUCUGAAAGUACCAAUGGCCGGCUACCUUCAAGAAGAAAAGUCAUACGUAAAGUUCGAAAACAGUAUAAACUUUGGAGUAGGCCCAAAUCACCAAACAUGCAUAUUAAGCCUAAAGAACUAGAUGUAAGUCAAGGUAACCAGAAUUCUAUACCCAGAGGACGGCAUAAACAGAUUAAACCAGCUGGUCCUUCAAUAAAUCUUGAAACAGGUGUAAAUUUGAAUAAGCCUGUCAAUCAUUUACAAGACUUGAAUGCUUUUAGAGUCCAACAUUACAAAGAAGCACCCAGUAACUUUACUUUAUCUAAACAACCUUUUAAUAAAUCCACUUAUAAAAAUCCUGCUGAAUUUAAUUCCUUAUUGCAUAUUAAUAAAGAAAGAGGACAUCAGCACUUCCAAGAAAGUAGUUCUUUGAUUCACAGGUUCAACAUUCAACCAGAUUGGGACUUCAGCUACAUUAAUGGAUCUUCUAAGGGACAUCAGAAAGGUUCUAAAUCCACUUCUAAUGUGGAUAAUCAAGGACCAUUUGAAAAUAAAACUUCACCUCUGAGACAACUGAAACAGACCUAUUCAGAAUCAAGCUAUAGUAACUUAGAUAUGCUAUGGAAAUUCUGUCCUUCAUCUCAAAAUCAGCCAGCCAGGGUGUCUCCAGAUACUCAGCUCACCCACAUAAUGGAGCAGCAUCAACAAGCCUUAGUGCAGCUGACAGAAGUACAACCCAGUGAAGUGACUUCCUCCAACACUACGUUUCCAUCACUAUUCUCGAGAGUGGACAGCGAAUCCCAGCUCGAUACUGGAAGAAGCCAGAGAAGUCAGACAACACUUAGCCGUUGCAAUUCUGAAGGCUACUUGCUACAACUGGAGAGGCAGAAAAAGCAUAAGGAUAGAGUUUCCAGUAAGAAUUACAGGAUGAAAGGUUACCAGAAAAAAGAUGUGAAGCUUGGAGGCCUUGGACCUGACUUUGAGUCCAUCAAAGACAAAAUCAAAACAUUAAAGCAGCAGAAGGAAUAUGCAAAACAAGUUAAAGAAUACAACAUGAAAGCUCUGUCCUCUGGGUCAAAACCACAAACAGCAAAACCAGAGAGUAAACCUUCCAUUUCUCGUCAGAAGGCUUUGGAAUAUGCUAGGAAAAUUCCGAAACCUAAACCAGUUUUGGCAUCGAAUCUGAAUGAUCAAGAAUCAAAGCAAAAGGGAAAUCUGUCUUGUUCUGAAAAAGAAAGGAAUUUACCUGAAAUCUCUUUGCUAGAAGUGCUACAGAGCAGACACGAAAGAGAAAAACAGGCUGUGGCUGCUUUCAAAGUCCUUCACAUCGUGUAGAAAAUGUGUCCUUAUGAAGACCUAAUGGGGCAAGAUAUAUGAAAAAAAAAAGGUGUAGACAGUGACUGUCUUUCAUUCUAAUCAGGAUGCAGUCUUUAUGUGUUUCCAUAGGUUUAAAAAUACAGGGCCAUACUACAUGGUUUCAUAAUCUCCUUUCCUUUAGGUCAGAAAUCAUAUUGAAAUAAUUUACUUUUCAAAUCAGUAAGAAUUGGGUCUAAUGACCAGACAAUAAAGCUUUUUAGUUUAAUAAUACUGGAUGUUUUGAUAUUUUAAUUAUGCCUAUUUUUGUUUUACAAAAUGCCACCAAUGAUGUUACAUGAAAUUAAUUUGCUCAUACUUUGUCUCUUUCUUGUUAAGGAAAAUAUUUUUAAAAGAAUUUCUUUUUCUUCCACAAUAAAACAAGUAAAUGUUGAAUCAAUAUUUCACAAAACUGUGAAAAUCAUAGAUGGAGUUUCAUAUAUAAUAUAAGUGUGUGUGUGUGUGUGUGUGUGUGCAUAUAUGUGUAUAUGUCUUAUGGAAAAAUCCAGAAAUGGGAGCACAUUUAGUUGUGCCCAUUCAAGAUGAACAGAUUUCAGUGUUCUAAGAAAGCAUCAAGGUAAAGCAUAUUAUUAGAUUCAACUGAGUGGAUCCAGAACUACCCAACUUAAUUCAGGCAGAUCUAAAGAAAUAUGCUUGAAAAAUUCAUUUUGAUACAACAGGCAUUUAUGAAUCACCUCCUGCAUGCAGUACUAGGUACUAGGAAUACGAAGAUGAAAAACAGCCCAGUCCACAUCUUCAAGGAGCAAAGGAGAAAGCCUGAUAAAAUGCUUUAAGAAAAUUAGAGGGGAAUCCCUUUCAGCUCAGGGAGAUAAGGGAGGUUUCAUGGAGAUGACACCUGAACUGAGUCUUCAAGAAAGAGAAUUUCAAAAGGUGAAGAUAGGGAGGUGGUUCAAGCAUGGGAAAUGAUCUGUGCAAAUGCCAGCGGCUAGAGAGUCUAGGUAAGAUGGGGGAAACUCUGGCCAGUCCAAUGUGACUGAGACACAGAAGAUGUGAAGGGGGAAGAGUGUGAUGAAAAAAAGUUAGGUGGAGUUAGAUUACAGAGGUCCUUAAAUGCUAGUUUAAGGAGUUUUUCUUUUAGCUUGUAGACAAUAGAACCACUAAUGCAGGGGUGUGAUUUGAUUAUACAGGAUGUCCCAAAAGUCUUAAGUGCACUUUUGAACAUUAGAGCUUGAAACUAUUGUUUUGGAGGGUGGAUUGGACAGGAGACCGAGACUGGAGGAAGAAAUGAGGCUAGUGCCAAAGUCCAGGGAAGAGAUGAUGUGGACCUCAGAUAGGUAGUAGAAAUGUUCAUGGAGAAAGAAGGGGCAGAUGGAAGAGAUGUUGUAGAGGUUGAAUUGACAGGACCUUGAAAUGGAUUUGGCGGGGGAAGUAGUUGAAGGAGAGAGAAGGGAGAAGGAAAGGAAAAAAUUAAAGGUGGCUUCAAGGUUCUGAACGUGAAUACUGGCUAGAUGGUAGAACAUCAACAGAAAAGAAAAUUGGAGGAGGGACAGGUUUCAGGAAGACUCAUCUUUAUCUGGUUAUGUAAAUUUUCUUAGGCAUCUGUACAUCUCAAAUAAUUCAAAACAUUGUCAACUGUUUUUACUCUUAUGCCACCACCAUCACUUCCAAGGUGAUUCUAGGCAAACUUAAAAUAAUUGUACAGUUGCUAAUUCAUACUUGGGUCAUAUAUUGAAUGUAAGUUUUGAUAAUUAGCUUUACUUGUUACACCUGAAGUGCAUCUGUAAAAUUUCCAUUUCUUAAAAUAAAC